AUGGAGUCCAAAAUGUCGUUCAUCAUUACUCACACAAUCAAGAACGUCUCGGGGCUUACCACGGAUUUGGGACCGACCGAAACGCAUUUCGAUAUUCCAUGGUAAGCAAAACAAAGUUUUUGUGAAAAUAAAAAAUUGACUUUUUGCAGGCGAGUGAAGGCUAACAAGCGGGACAAUGAUAACCUUGAUCUCUACUUCAAUUGUUGCCUCAAUAAUUCUUCGAAUAUGUGGAGUGUGCUCGCCGAAUUCCAGUUCAAACUCAAAUCGAAAACUGGCGAAGAGUUUGUGACUGGCGCCGUGUUGUUUAAAUUCACAAGAUAUAACAGCUCGCGGGGACAGAUUGUUAUGAAAUUGCCGAAACUUGUGGAGGAAUUCGUCGUCGAUAAUCAGCUGACAUUCGAAUGCCACGUCACCAUCAAAGACAUCGUGGGGAUCAGUCAAAGGCGCAAAAUGGAUUGGGAGGCGCCGGAGGAGAGAAUGACCGAUUUGGUGAUGGUUGUGGGCGAGGAGAAGACCAAAUUCCACGUUCACAGAGUGGUUAGUUUUAACGGAAAGCUUAUAGACAACAAAACAAUGUUUUCAGACACUCGCCAACUUCUCGCCUGUCUUCAAGGCAAUGUUCACGAAUCCUCAAUUCCGAGAGUCCAGUGACAAAGAGGUGAUUCUUGAAGACGUCGAUCCAGACGCAUUCAAAGUCCUCAUCAACUACAUUCAUCGAUGCGACACUGACAUCACAGGUAUUACGCAUUAUGGCUCGUUCAAAAAUCAAAGUUUCAGACAAAAACGUCGAGCGAAUUCUGGUGCUGGCCGAUCGUUUCGACGUGAGUGUGAUGCUCAAAAAGUGCGAGAAAUACUUGAUGAAAAAGUCGAAGUUCGGAAUGGAGAAGUUAUUGAAAUUGGCGGAGACGUACCAGCUCGUGGAUCUUCACGGCUUUUGUCUGGACGCUCUCAAGACGACGAAGCAGAUCGCCAAUGUCUGCCAGAAUAUCGACGAAAUGGGCGAGCACACGUCGAAGGCGCUUCUCAAAAAGAUGAAAGAUAUUGUGGAGAAAACAGAGUUGUACACUUAA